AUGGACGACGCGCGGAAGCUCCUGGACUCCCUGAUGGGCCCCAGCCGGGAUAAGGACAUGAAGGAGCAGAAGCGGAGCGACGGCUGGAAGGAGCGCAACGUCUGCAAGCGCUUCCUGGUAGGAUUCUGCCCGAACGACAGCCAGGACAACUGGUUCAAGAACACGAGGCGCGACAUAGGCUCCUGCACCAAGGUCCACUCCGUAGCGCUCAAGCAGCAGUUCGAGCAGCAUCCGGACAGGGAGAAGUACCAGACGGACUACGAGAAGGACUUCCUGGAUUACUUGGAGGGCCUGAUCCACGAGGCCGACCAGUGGAUAAGCAGAGAGAGGAAGAACUGCAAAGGGGCCGGCGUUGAGACGCGCAUCCCUCCCAAUCUCAAGCAGACCAUCGACCGCAUGAAGGAGCAGGCCGAGGACCUGAUGAAGAAGGCCGAGGACCUGGCGGAGUCCGGGGACGUCGCCGGCAGCAAGCGCAUGGUGGACGAGUCUGGUCGGUUGAAGCAGGACAUCGAGGAGAUCAGGGCCACCCACACAGUGGAGGUGGCCGCGGAGGAGGUCUGUGACAUCUGCGGGGUGCGGUGCCAGCCGGGGGAGGCGGCGGACUUCCAGGCGCACCUGGACGGCAAGUUGCACGAGGGCUACACGCGGAUCCGCGAGAAGGUCAAGGAGCUGCGCGAGAAGGUGCGGGCAGCCCCGGAGAAGCCCCAGGCCGAGCGGCGGGCCUCGGCGGGCGCGGAGGCCAAGGACCGCGAGCGGCGCCGCAGCCGCAGCCGCAGCCGGCGGCGGGGCAGCCGCAGCCGGGAGCGCCGCCGGAGGCGGUAG